AGCAAGCCGUCUUGGACAAAGUCGGGGAGAUGGCGGACCGUGAAUUCAAGACUCAGCUGGGCACGAGAACCAACACCUCCGGAGGGCUGGCGGUCAUCCACGAGCUCUUUAAUGAAAACCAACGCAAUGUGACCGACGCUAAGAUGGUGAUUGUUAUAACCGAUGGUAAACCAAACUCAGACAAAGAAGCCACCAUCCCGAAUGCUGAUGCACUGAAGGCUGACGGUGUCAAAAUCAUGGCAAUAGGAGUCGGGGACGACAUCAGGCGAGACAACCUGGAGGACAUUGCCUCGGAACCUUACGAGAGAUAUGUCUUCACCACUGAAGACUUUGAAGAUUUGAUCGCUCGGACAGAGGACAUGGUACAGACUGCUUGCAGAAAUGUCGAGUAUCUGUCGUGCCCCGAACAGGAGAGCAAUGACAGGAUAGUGGACGCUCAACACGCGGCUAUCGAGAAAGCUAUUGCAAGCUUGUUGGAAACCAACGAGGUACUGACUGAAUUAGAUGAAAGAUGCAAUGUUGACCCGUGUCCAAGCUGUUUCACGAGGAACGACGAGUUUCGGUCCUGCUACAAGGCCGUCCCAGCGGCGGUGGACUGGCCCGAGGCAGACAGACUCUGCGCCGUUCUCUAUGGGGCACGUCUGGCGUCCGUGAACACGGCGGAGGAACACCAUUACAUCAAGAACCAAACUUUCUCCUCUGAGGAUGCUACCAGCGCAGGCAUCACCAAAUGGUGGGUCAGUGGUAAUGACUUGGCCAACCACGGUACUUUGAUGUGGGCGGGUGAUGGUCACUCUGUCAACCUCACCGUCACUGGAGAUCAUGCUCACCACUGCGUCCUCAUGGAUGGUACAAACCACUUAAAUCUGGUGAGAGUCGCUUGUGGCGCGUCCCAUGGCUUCGUGUGCGAGAAGAAUUACUAA